UCCCUCUGUUGUUAUUUGUUUAAAGUAGUCCGGUAUUUAUCAUUUAUAAUAUAUAGGAAUUGUUCUCUUUUCCCAUACACUUCGUAUGUACAUUUUGAACAGCCUAUCCCGGUAAACAAUGGACACAAAUCUCGCGGAACUCCGUAAACAAUGCAUGACGAGUCUCUAUCUCUGCUCUGACAACAUCACUAAAUAUUUAGACGAGGAGAAAGAAGAGGAAUUCGCGAAGCUAACGUCUUAUGUGGAGGACUAUUGCAUGCUGGAAGCUCAGGAAGAUGUAGCUAAACAGGCGUUGGCUAAGGCAGAAGAAGAAACGGAUGCAUCAAAUGUGGACUCCCUCCAAGACAAGUUUGGCCAGUACCUCAUAAGUUUGGCGAACAAGAGACUCCACGUAUCCAAGCACCUGUAUAUGGUGGAAAUGAACAAGAGGAUGCAGCGGGGCAUGAAAGAUACCAGGAAUAACUUAGAGGAAUCUGACUUAGCUAUUACUGAAUCUGACAAUAGAAUGAUUGAUCCAAUAACCAAAAAGCCGAUAGAGGAUCCAGUUAGGAACAGUAUGUGCAACCACGUGUAUGAACGGGCCUCGAUCAUGCAGCUGCUAAGUGUGAAUAGAAGAACCAAGUGCCCAGUGGUUGGGUGCGGCAACAAGCAGCCCGUGGAGCCGCACCACCUGGUCUCCGACGAGGAACUGAAGUUCCGCCUCACCUUGAACGCUCACUCCACCAUGAUACAGGGCGGUGACCCUCUCGCCUUAGACGACACCUUGUAGAACAUACCAUAGACCAUAGACCGCGAGCCAGGCGCAAAUUUCGUCAAUCAUCGCCUCCCGGGCGAAAACUCGUAUAGCGGUUAACGGCUAUGUAUGAUGAACCCUCGUAAACGUCAGCUGCAGCUCCGUUGGUGGGUUGAGGAAUGGCAGCCGCCGAAACGCGUAACACGGUCUUUCCACCGCGAUACAACCGGCUGACGAUUUGUUUUAUUACUAAUAGCAUCUAAACUAUCAUCUGACAAAGUAUAAAACAGGAGGCGAUGACGCUGAUGACUAAUUUUCUUUUUUACAUGUUCAUGUGACCAGCUGACGGUCUUUCCACAGCGAUACAAUCGGCUGACGAUUUUGUUUAUUCACAAUAGACAUCAUCAACUAUCAUCUGACAAAGUAUCAAGCGGGAGGCGAUAACAAAAAAAAUAUAUAGACUAUUUGCUGCAAAUCCUCAACCCACCAACGGAGCGGCAGCUGACGUUCACGAGGGUUCAUCAUACAUAGCCGUUAACCACUAUACGAGUUUCCGCCCGGGAGGCGAUUGGUCAUGGAAAUCUGUUCCUGGCCCGCGGUCUAUUAGGUAUACGGUACCAAUACCAAGUAGUAACACCAUCGCCAAGGGCCUGACACUCUUUCAUAGAGAAAGAUAGUCUUAUUGCGAUUCCUAUAAGAGGAAAGAGAAAAUAGUGCCAUGCUUUGUCUUUAUCACCGACGGGGCAUUUUUUCAUGGUCGUAGUAAUAGCAAGGAGGCGAUGGCGAAAUACCGAAAUUUAUAAGUGAAAGAGAAAAAGGAUUAUGCUGCCAUACAUGAAACUGUCAAUACAUGAAUAUGUCUUUCUCUUACACCUGGUCGCUCGGUUUCAUGUCUAUAACUACUUGUAUAUACUAUGUCUAUGAUAUGGAGUGACUGGAGUGAGCUCUCUAUGCUUACUUAUUUCACUAUGGCGAGAGGAACAUGGAGAAAUUGGAGAAUACGUUUGUAUGGCAAGGCGGUAGUCCACUUUCGAAUAGUAUUUUUCAAAUUCGAUGGGUAGGAUAGGAUGACAGGUGUCAUUUCAAUACAAUUUUGCGGGAUUUGACGUUUUUAGGUUAUAUAUUAUAUGGAGAUGGCACCUGCCAUCCUACCCAUCGAGUGAAUAAUUGAUAUUUUUAGCUAUAAUUAGUAUAACUU